GUUCAAUUGACCAAAACUUUCCUAAAGUCCAGCUCAAUUCUUGAUAUUGAAUCUUCCGCUUCCCACCAAGGCAUGAGCAAAUUGCCCAUGCUCACCACACAAUGAUUCCAAGCAGAGGAUUAUCUAGGUGCCUGCCGAGGCAAAGGCUCGAUGUCAAGUCUCUAUCGAAAUCCCCUACGAGCACCAGGCAGUUCGGCACAGCUAUCCGCACCACCAAUGGAGGCUCAAAAACGCUUAGAGCGUCACAGGCGAUUGGCCUGCUUGGUGGGAGGAGGACAGUUGGUGUCAGCGCCGCUGCCGCCGGUCUGAUGGCGCAAAAUUACCUGAGGGCACCGCCGCAGGCUCGAAGCCUUUCCCUCUGGCCGUGGAGCAGCGGCCUCAGUGGCGGCGACAAGUUCCCCGAGACUGCAGAAGCAGCGACCUCGUCUGCAGCAUCAUCAUCGACCCCCGCCGCCGCAGCAGAAGCCGCCCCUAUCCCCGAGGCGGCCGCCGCAUCCCAACCAACAACCGACUUGAGCGGCGCUGCCGACCCUGCUUCCUCGAUAGACCCAAGCGGCGCAACCGCCUCGGUCGGUGAUGUACUCGAUGGUUCGCACUACCUCAACCUCGCCUCGGACCAUAUUGGCUACCUUCGCGAGUUGGGCCUCAACUUUGGCUGGGGACCCAGCUCCAUGGCGCAGUGGGGAAUAGAACACUUGCACGUUUGGGGUAGUAUGCCAUGGUGGGCUGCCAUCCUGGGAUACGCAAUCGUCACAAGGCUUAUGCUCCUCAAGCCAUCAAUCGACGCGUUUGUUCAGCAGAGGAAGCUUCAGGCCCUCAAGAAGGACCCUCGAGGAAAGGCGGCCUUUGACAAGAUGUCGCAGAUGAUGUCUGGAGGCUCGUCAUCGACCACCGAGCUCUUGGCGGCACGUGCCGACGUUCAGAGGCUGCAGAGGGCUGUGGGUAUCAGCACGUGGAAGAUUGCUCUGCCAAUGAUCCAGAUGCCCAUCGGUAUCGGUGUUUUCCGUGUCACCAGCGCCUGCGCCGACCUUCCCGUCCCCAGCUUCGAAACCGGCGGCUUCAUGUGGCUUAUGGACUUGACUUCGCCGGAUCCUUUCUACAUACUCCCCCUCGCUUCCGCGGGCAUGAUGUACGUGAUGCUCCAGCACUCGAUGAAGAUGUCGCCGGAUGCGUCUCAGACGGCCAUGUUCAAAGCGGUCCAAUACGUCCUUACUCCCAUAUCCUUCCUCGUCUCCCUCAAGUUGAACGCCGCUCUUCAGCUCUACUUCAUCGCCAGCGCGGGUCUGCAAGCCGCGCAGACUCUGAUCUUGAGCCGCCCGGCCGUCGGCAAAGCCCUCGGGGUUGACCAGCUGAACAUGCCCGAAAAGGUUGUCAAUACCGACAAGAUUGUAUGGGAGGCCCCCAGGGAGAUCCAAACGACGGCCACGGUUCCAAAGCCAGCUGCCGACGAGCUCGAUGUCAACACCAGCAACCCGAUCACCAACAUGAAGAACACCAUGUCCAGCGUCCGGGGAAAGCUUAACAGCUUCGCCGAGCGGGGCAACGCAAAGAAGACUGUCCAGGACGCCGCCGCUUACGAGGAUAGGCGCGCGCUGGAGGAGAAGGAGCGAUACUAUGCGCGACGCGAGCAGGCUGUUCGACGCACUAGGGAGCGUUCCAACCGAUGAUGAGCCAGUUAACUUUGGAGGUGGCGGGGGGAUUUCGAUAUUCUUGGAUCUUUUAAUGCUCAGGCUCGUCAAAAAGGCCAUCCGAGUGCAUCUUGUACGAGUUUUUGUGACAUUGUAUAAUUAAGAAAAAACCAUACAUAUCCAAUGGACUUGUUUUUAAAAAAGACCCUUUGAUUCUAGAUUAUAUCUCUAUGUUAUUGGCGAG